CUCUACCUGGCUUUUGCGGCUACCCGGCGCACAGCUGGAUCUCACUCUUUUUCCUGGCGGCCUUUGAAUGGCUUGGCGUGGGUUGGCGGGGGGCCAGAUGGCAUGAAGCUGCUGAAGAUCUGCCUGGGGCUGUGCCGUGUGCUUUUCGGGGAGCGACUCCCUCUGGACCUACUGCAAGAGGACGAGGUCGAGACGCGAUUCGACUUCCCCAGCGACUGCCCUGAGGGGCGCCUCACGCUGGCCGGACGGUACGUGGUCUCCUCCAGCACCAUCAUCAACAGUUCCUGCACGCUCGAGGGCAAAGCAGAGAUCUUUGUGUCUGAGCAAUUGCGCUUCCGCAGAAACGUGCGGAUUACCGGGCGCCUGGAGGUUACGUCCCACGGCCUCAGCGAGCCCUGCCUUCGCUUCAGGUACCUCGAGGUGGAAGCUGGCGCUGCCCUGGCGGUGCGAGGAUGUCACUCUAGCUCGAUCUUCAAGCCGGGGGCCGUUGAGAUCGACAAGAAUCUCACCACAGCCGGCGAGAUGUCCUUCAGAAACUGCUCCUCCAACAUGGAGGGCGGCGGCCUUGCGGUGAGGGGUACGAUGCACCAAGAAGGCGGCGUCGUCUCUUUCGAGAACUGCAUGGCCACCUUCACUGCUGGGGGCUUGCUGGUGAAGCAAGGCCUGCGCCAGCGGGGCGGCCUCCUGCGCGUCAGGGGCUGCAGCGCACAGCACGCGGGCGGUGCCUUUAUCAGCGGGGGUCUCGAUCAGCAGGCGGGUUCCAUGAUCUUCCAGGAGUGCACUGCCAUGCUGGCCGCUGGCGGGCUGAUGAUCACAGAGGGCCAAAAGGGCAAGGUGCUGGAUGGCGUCGCCGUGAACGGUUCCAUGAUUUUCGAUGGCUGCGCGUCCAACGGCAAUACUUUGGGAACCGGAGGCGGUGGCGCGAAGGUAACGUGGGGCAGAGUGGUGGUGACUGGGACUCUCUCCUUUCGCAACUCGUUCUCGAAUUCCUAUGGGGGCGGCGCGGAGCUUGGAGCGAUGAGAGGAGGCCCGGGCAAUGCAGCAAUGGCCUCGAUCGAGCUGGUUUCUGGCCUCAUGUCCUUCGAAAAUUGCUGGGGCAAGGGCCAGGGAGGCGGGCUGGCAAUGCAGACAGGCACCUACAUAGUGGUUUCGGGCGGCACGCUCCGUAUGGACAACUGCUCGGCCACAUCGGGCGGCGGCUUGUCCAUGACUUCUACGAUGGGUUUUAAGCAAACUGGCGGCGAGCUGGACAUCAGUGGCUGCAGCGCGCGAAACGAAGGGGGUGCGCUGUGCUUCGUGAACACCAAGGUGGAUGUGUCCGGGGGCCAGUGGAACAUCAAGAAUUGCCGCGCAAACCUCGGGGGUGGCGUCAAUGUACGCCACAUCAAGGACGAUGUACGGCUACGUGACAGCAACUUCACCUUCUCGGAUUGCCACGCAGGGGAAAAGGGAGGAGGCAUGUACGUCGAGGGCAUGGACGUGGCAGUCGGGGGAUACUUCACCUUCAGCAACUGCUCCGCCCGCCGCGGCGGCGGCCUCAAGAUCAAGGAGCCACGGGGGUACCUGAGAGUCCUCAAGGGCAGCUUGACCUUCCGGAACUGCUCUGCCGCCUUCGGCGGAGGGUUGGAUGUUUGGGGGCUGGAUCAAGGCCACGGGAAGCUGAGCUUCAGCGACUGCCGCGCGGAGAUAGCGGGGGGUGGCGCCUGGGUUCACACAGGUGGGUGGCACCAGCACUUUGCCUAUGCCACCUUCGAGCGGUGCCGCUCAUACGAGACUGGCGGUGGAUUGUUCACGAAUGGCGUGACGAAGCUGCGGCGGGUCGUAUUUGAGGACUGCCACGCAGACGGCUCAGGAGCUGCCAUCCUGAGCAGAAAGGCCACCACAGUGGACUCUGUGGAGGUCAUCUCGAAGUAUUCGGACUGGAGCAUCUCCACCAUCGCAGUCCUGGAGGCGCCUUUGGAGCUGGGCCUCGCGAACUGCUCUCAGAUUGCUCUCUGCCGCUUCAAGGCUCAGACCGUGAAGGUGUCGGAGCUGGAAUGCCAGCGCGGCGCUGGGCAUGAAUUGCUCCCGGACAGCACCUUCUGCUGGCCUUGCCCCCCGGGCCGGGUGCAGGUGGAGCAAAACGCGAGGGAGGCCUGCGCGAUCUGCCCUGCCACUGCAGAGCGCUGCCAGCAUGAUCUCAUCAAAAUGCCCAAAGGUCAAAUGCUCUUCUUCCACAACCUCAGUCAAACCUACUUCUGCCCCAAUGCGAAGGCCUGCCCUGGAGGAGACACCGACAGGAAGAAACCAAUGUGCUCGAAGGGCUACACAGGGCCUGGAUGCUCCACUUGCGACGCCGGCUACGCCAAGGGGGACACCAGCGUGGUGUCCUGCGUGAAGUGUGCCGACCCGGAGGACACCAAAGCCCACGCCUUGUGCAUCGCCUUCGUGUUGGCAAAGGACAUCAUCCUGUUCUUUGUGGCAGUGGCGGGUAUUCGCGGUGCUGCCCACAAGAAGAAGCACAGCGCCGUGCUGACGAAUCAGCUGAUGUCCUUCAGCACGGUGGCCAGCAGCUCCGUGGCCGCGGCCAUGCAGACGGGGAUCUUCCACACCAUGCAGAGUGAGUUCAGCAUUUUUCUGCAGACCAUGGGUGUUCUGGUGGACCUUGGCAGCGGCACAAGCGCAGGCUCGAACAGCAUGGCCUACGAGUGCCUGGUCGGCUACAUGGGCUUCGAAAGCACUACGCUAAACGGCCACAUCUUCAAGUCCAUGAUGCCGAGCCUUUUGGUGGCCUACCUAGCUAUCACAGAGGACCCUUGGCUGGCCUUGGUCGUGGGCACCAAUUGCUUCCUUCCAGGUCUUUGCGCCGAUUUCGGCAAGUACUUUGUCUGCUUCCGGGUCCUUCCGCAGGAGGAUGGAGGAGAGCUGCAGUGCAACUACAUGCCAGAGUCGCUGACGCCCGUGCGGGUGAUUGGAAUCAUUGUGCUGUGCUUCGCAGUGGUGGUCUAUGGCUGGACCAAAGCCGCCUUUUCCAAGACCGUGCCGGCGCGCAAGCACGUGGUCUACCUCACCAACGCGUACAAGCCCCAGUUCGCGGCCUUUGAAACGGAGCGCUUAGUGCGGAAGAUGGUGCUGACCUUGCUAUCCACCACCCUGCCCCCAGCGCUCGGCGCUUCUCAGCACAUGGCAGGCGUCAGCGUGGUUCUGUUGGCAUCUUUGGGCGCCUACCUGGUGGUUUCGCCCUACAAGGUGGAACUGUGGAACCGGGCGGAGACUACUCUGCUUACGUUGGCGGCGGUGAUGACGUGCUUUGCCACCUGCCUCAGCACCACUGACCUGGCCUGGGACAACAGCGCAUGGAUCCAGCGGCUCCUGUUCUUCGCCACGGUGGGCAUGGCCGGGAUGGUGUCCUUGGCAAUGAUGGUGGUCAUCGCGGUGCAGAUGAGGCGUGAACGCCAAGAAGGGCCCGACCACCUGCGCUGACCGGGCAAAGGACACCGGUAUGUCCUGGCCACAUUGGACCAGUCGAUCUGCAUCCCCUGGAAACCAGCGCAGUGGCACGCAAUCUCAGAGUCUGGUUUCACUGUGCAUUUGCGCUGUUCACAAAUUCCUUACGGUUUCUCGAGGUUUGGGGACAGAAGGCCCCCAUUUGGAUACUUUUCCUUUCAGACAUUUGCUCCAGUCUGACACCUUUGAUGAGAUGGGCAUGAGGCCCAUGAGGCCCACGACCUUCCGCGAGCGGAGACAAGGUGCA